GCCCCCGGCUAAUUCGUUCCAUUGUCCGGUCACUGCGUUGCCCGGUCUUGGAGCCAUGGAGACGGUGGUCAUAGGGAGCAGCUUUAGAAACCAAAGUUCCUCUCUUUCUUCCGAAAACCCUUGCUAUAGAUCUCGUUUUCUCGUGCUUCUCUAGAAAACCACCACCAAUCUCCAAGCGUCCCCCAAAAGGGUUUUGGAUUCUGCAGUUAGGUUUUCUUGUUGCAUCGAAUGGCGUCAAACAGCAAUAACCAAUCGAGGGCAAUCGGGGGACCUCCCCCCCUGGGGAACCCCGGAAUGGCCUCGCCGGCGGCCAACCAGCCCUCCCAUCUCCGCCCUCCUUCGCUGCCUCAGGCAUCGGGUGGUUCCCCUUUCCAAGGCCUCUUCCAGACCCCGCCCCAGUCUCAGGUCCACUCACCGUUCCAGGUCCAGCUCAGCUCCCAGACCCAGAACGCCAUGCUCGCUGCCGUCGGAGCCUCCUCCCCUUCCUUCUCCACCCCAGGCAUGUCGGCCGCCAAAAGGCCCCCGCAGAAGCCCCCCACUCGCAUCCCGGCGCCUUUCCCUGCCGUUGCCACUCCUAGCUUCAAGUCUGCGGAGCUGACCGCGGCUGCCCGGAGGAAGAAGCGCAAGCUUCCGGAGAAGCAGCUGCCGGACCGGGUUGCUGCCCUCUUGCCUGAAUCCGCCCUCUAUACCCAGUUGCUUGAAUUCGAAGCCCGGGUUGAUGCAGCCCUUUCAAGGAAGAAGAUUGACAUCCAGGAAGCCUUAAAAAACCCUCCUUCCAUGCAAAGGACCCUCAGGAUUUAUGUCUUCAAUACCUUUGCCAACCAGACGCGCACAAUUCCGGAGCCAAAGAAUGCCGAGCCUCCGUCGUGGUCACUCAAGAUCAUUGGUAGGAUACUAGAGGAUGGCGUGGAUCCAGACCCUGUCGGUGGACUGCCUAAGCCCAAUCCUAUGUACCCCAAGUUCUCGUCUUUCUUUAAGAGAGUCACCAUUGCUCUGGACUCGGUGCUGUACCCGGAAAACCCGACAAUCAUAUGGGAGAACUCGCGCUCGCCAGCACCACAUGAGGGCUUUGAGAUCAAGCGGAAGGGAGACAAGGAGUUCACUGCCAGUAUAAGACUGGAGAUGAAUUAUAACCCAGAGAAGUUUAAACUAUCGCCUGCAUUGAUGGAGGUUCUUGGCAUUGAGGUUGAUACACGAGCUAGAAUUAUAGCUGGGAUAUGGCAGUAUGUCAAGGCGAAGAAGUUGCAGAACCCUAGUGAUGCAUCGUAUUUUACUUGUGACCCACCUUUGAAGAAGGUGUUUGGAGAAGACAAGAUGAAGUUUGCCAUGGUGUCACAGAAGAUCUCGCCGCAUUUGUCUCCUCCACAACCAAUCCAUUUAGAACAUAAGAUCAGGCUUUCAGGAAAUGGUGCAGUGGGCAAUGCUUGCUAUGACGUGCUGGUCGACGUUCCUUUCCCACUGCAGAAAGAAAUGUCAGCCUUCCUUGCCAAUACAGAGAAACACAAAGAAAUUGAGGCCUGUGAUGAAGUUAUUUGUGCUUCUAUUAAGAAAAUUCAUGAGCACCGCAGGAGGAGGGCAUUCUUUCUUGGGUUCAGUCAGUCUCCAGUGGAGUUUAUAAACACUUUGAUUGCUUCUCAGAGUAGGGACUUGAAGCUUGUUGCUGGGGAAGCAAGUCGUAAUGCUGAAAGGGAACGUCGUUCUGACUUCUAUAACCAACCAUGGGUUGAAGAUGCUGUCAUACGUUAUCUUAAUCGCAAGCCAGCAGGCAGCAAUGAUGCUCCUGGUAGCACAUGAGUGCAACAUCAAUUAUGCUCUGUAGGAGAAAGCAGCCAUUUUAUGUUAACUAUUGCCAACUUGGAUAUUGCUUUGAAGGUUCUUGUAGUUGUUUUUCAUCCUUUUAGUUCCUAGAGAAGGUAAAUAGUUUCUCCCAUGAUCUGGAUAGUCUAUUUAUGUUGAAGCUACCUGAGUUGUAUUUUUACAUGUAUGAAUGAUGCUGUUUUCCUAUCUACUUGCUGCAUUGUCUUGAAAUUUCUAAUAAUAUUGUAAAUGGGUUUGCCUU